AAAAAUUUCAAAAACCAACUGAGAGAUUUUGUAAGUAUUAUCGACUUAACUGAAUAUUCUACGCAGCUCAGGCUGUGACAAUUCUUCGUACUACAAAAUGCACAUCUGACCAUGGAUUUCCAGGGUAAAGUAGUUCUCGUGACAGGUGCGAGUGGUGGAAUCGGUACAGGAAUUGCUAAACUGUUCGCUACGCGAGGCGCAACGCUUGCUCUUACUGGUAGGGAUCUCACAAAUUUGGAAAAAGUUGCAGCAGAGUGUAAAAGGCUCAGUGGAAGAGCCCCAUUUGUUUUCAAGGCAGACUUGACGAAGGAUUCCGAGUGUAAGAACUUGAUAGAGUCAGUUUUGGCUCAAUUCAAACGUCUGGAUGUGCUCGUUAAUAAUGCAGGAAUCGCAGUGAUGGGGUCCAUGGAAAGUACAUCCAUGGAACAAUAUGACGAAGUUUUUAUCAUGAAUGUAAGAUCCGUUUUUCUUCUAACGAAGCUAGCCACGCCCAAUCUCCUUGCGACCAAAGGAUCGAUAGUUAACGUUUCCAGUCAAAGUGGUCUACGAUCUUAUCCAGGUAUUAUAGCUUAUUGCAUGUCAAAAUCAGCCAUUGACCAAUUUACACGCUGUCUAGCGUUAGAGCUUGCAUCUAGAGGUGUGCGAGUAAAUUCGGUAAAUCCAGGCAAUGUAAUGACGCAGCUCCUAAAGCGAGCUGGACUGGUGGAUACAAAGCAAUUUUUUGAAGGGUCAAAAAAGACACAUCCCCUCGGACGUCCUGGCACCGCGGAGGAAAUUGCAAGGGCAGUUGCUUUUCUCGCAAGUGAAGAGGCUAGUUUUACAACCGGUGCUACUUUUCCCGUGGAUGGAGGCAGGAGUGUUUUUGGCAUUUCUAACGCCCGAAAACUUGCCUAAAAAACAUAAGCUCAAUGUUGCACGCAUCGAUUAUGAUGGAAAUACUCUAGAUGUUUGCAUUAGAUUAUCAUGCACUGUUACAGAUUUAUUUUUAGAGUUGUAGCUAUCACAUUUAGACAUUUUUUUACAUUAUUUUCCUCUGUGCAAUAAGGAAAUCUGAAGGGAACAAAAUAACUUA